GCUAACAUUAAUUAGCCGUAAUUGUAGAUUGACACAGGUGUAGAAAAUUACGUGACUAUUUGGAGAACCGAAACCCACGUCGGAACAUUCAAAUUAUUUUUCGCUGAAUUUCGUGCCGUAUAUAAAUCAGGAGAGAGUUCCAUCGAGACAGUGUUUGUCCCGUGGAGCACCGAGUACGGACGAAUAAAACAUGGCGAAAGCCAUUUUCGUCCUUUGCUGCCUUGUUGCGGCUGCAAGUACCGAGCUCGUUCCUCAGCUGAGCAACCAAUGGUUUAAUCCAGUAGGAAAUGGUUUCAACAUAAAUUCAGCAAUCAAUACCAUUAGAAAGGUAGUUGAUGGUUCUUCCAAAGUAGUAGGAUCAGUCGUUCAGGUUGCCUAUGUACGGGUUGAAGAAAUCCAAAUCUACGCUAAUCAAACGAAUUAUGAGGCAGUUAUAAAUAUCACCGAUAUAAUGGAAAUCAUUCAGAAAAAAGUUAUUGUAUGGAAAGAUGACGCAGAUGGAGUUGAUAUCAGUAGCUGUACAAUAAAGAUAGAAAAAAUACGAAAAACAGCAAACGAGAUCGUUGAUUGGAGCAGAAAAUGUGUCUCGGAAACUGUAACCGCAGCAGUGAAAUUUUUAGAAACAAUAGAAGCAAUUUCAAACAAUGUUACCCGAGAACUUAAUAAUAUUAUAGACACCGCUGCGCAAUGUGUCGAAGAUGAGGUAGAAAUUCUUCACAUCAUUGGUUGCAUUAACACGGCUAUAAGAGACGCAUAUUGGUACGCAAAUAACAACAUUCCUCAGAUCAAAUCGGAUAUCGAGCAAAUGAUCAAGGAAAUUAGGGAACUGAAACAUUCAAUACGGAGAUGUUCUAUAAUUAGAUAUAUACCUGAAUUCCUAAAACUUCAAGCAGAAAUAUUAGAAGUUGUAGAAAGCUGUAUCAAGGAAACAUGUCAAGCACAUAAGAAAACAACAACACAAGCGGUCGUUACACCUACGGAACAGGCUAUCACAAGAACACCUAAAACGACUGCAACUGAAACUACCCAAACGGAAACCACUAGUUCUCCUGAAGGAUCGCCCUCACAGGGUACAACAGCAGCAACAGAAACUACCCAAAAAACAGUAACUGGAUCCCCCUCUCAGGGUACGACAGAACCAGGGCAAUCUUCAUCUACAGAAACCAGACAACCCACAGCCUCUAGUAUUAGUCCAGGAGGUACAACAGAAAAUACCCAAAAAACAGGAUCUUCUUCCCAGGGUACGACAGUAACACCACAGCAGUCGUCUUCAGGAAGCAGUCAACCAACACCCUCUUACUCUACCGAAGGUACUUCGACCGAAAGUAGCCCACAAACAACAGAGCAGUCGACCGGAGAAACUAGUCAUCAUCCUGGAACAGCCUCUGAAGGUACGACGGUAACACCACAGUCGUCGACUUCAGGAAGCAGUAAACCAACACCGUCUGGCUUUACCGAAGCCUCUGAAGGUACGACGGUAACACCACAGUCGUCGACUUCAGGAAGCAGUAAACCAACACCGUCUGGCUUUACCGAAGGUAGUUCGACCGGAAGUAGUCAAACAACACCGUCUAGCUCUACCGAAGGUAGUUCGACCGAAAGUAGUCAAUCAACACCGUCUAGCUCUACCGAAGGUAGUUCGACCGAAAGUAGGGAGAAAACAACAGAGCAGACGACCGCAGAAACUGAUCAAAAAACAGGUACUAGUUCUACCGAAGAGAUUUCAUCAGUAUCUCCCGCCGAUGUAGUGACAGAAGUUACAGAACAACCGGGAACAGGAAGUGGUGAACAGACAACUGGUCCAACUGGACAGACUGUAACCGAAUCUACAGAAGGACCAAAGUCGGAAACAACCGAAUGGACUGUUACUGGUCCAACGGGACAGACUGGAACUGAAUCUACGGAAGGUCCAAACUAUGAAACGACCGAAUGGACUGUUACUGUUCCAACUGGACAGACUGGUACCGAGGCUACGGUAGGUCCAAACAAUGAAACGACCGAAUGGACUGUUACUGUUCCAACUGGACAGACUGGAACCGAGGCUACGGAAGGUCCAAACAAUGAAACGACUGAAUGGACUGUUACUGUUCCAACUGGACAGACUGGUACCGAGGCUACGGUAGGUCCAAACAAUGAAACGACCGAAUGGACUGUUACUGUUCCAACUGGACGGACUGGUACCGAGGCUACGGUAGGUCCAAACAAUGAAACGACCGAAUGGACUGUUACUGUUCCAACUGGACGGACUGGUACCGAGGCUACGGAAGGUCCAAACAAUGAAACGACUGAAUGGACUGUUACUGGUCCAACGGGACAGACUGGAACGGAAUCUACGGAAGGGCCAAAUAAGGGAACGACAGAACCUAGUGAUGAUGAUUGUGAUGAUUCCACUGAGGAAUCUAACACAGAUACCGUUGAUGACGAUUGCAAUCCGUGUAAUGAUGAAUCUGACACCGAAAUGAGUUGA